AUGGCUCAAGAUGUGACUGGUGGUCAAACUCUUGGAGAGGGAGGAACUGAUGUGUCAGUGGUGGUGAAACUUCCUGGGGAGGGUGCUCCAGGUUCUCUGGGUCCACAGGGUCCUCAGGGGCCACCAGGCUUCCCGGGCCCUCAGGGGCCUCCUGGGGAGAAGGGUCAACGAGGGGACGAGGGGCCGACAGGAGCCCCGGGACUGAAAGGUGACGUGGGAAUCGUUGGCGUUGGUGGUUUUCCAGGAUUAGAGGGCGUUCCGGGUCACCCAGGACCUGCUGGAGGUCCCGGUUUUCCAGGUCUGGAUGGAUGUAACGGAACCAGAGGAGACGGAGGAGAGACUGGACUACCUGGAGAACAAGGACUUGCUGGAGAACAGGGUUUUCAAGGACUCAAGGGAUUUCCAGGAGAUCCAUCCGUCUACUUUAUACAGUUCCCUGGAGUAACCGGAGACGUCGGGUCCAGUGGACUUCCCGGCCUGCCGGGUGAACCGGGCCCCCCCGGCCUGAUCGGAGCUCCGGGUCCUACAGGACUGGACGGGACCAACGGAACCCCUGGUCGGCCUGGUUCUAGAGGUCCACCUGGAGAAAAAGGUCGAUCUCUGCCUGGACAGAAAGGAGACGAGGGGGACCAGGGUCUUCAGGGGCCUCCGGGGCCGUUCGAGUACGUCGACCCUCCAGAAGACCUGUACAUCAAAGGAGAACAGGGUUUGGAUGCACUACCGGGAAUCAAAGGAGAGAUGGGGAUCGUGGGGUUUCCUGGACCCAGGGGGUUCUCUGGAGAACCUGGUGUGACCGGAGAUAAAGGAUUCAAGGGCAUACGAGGAAGUCCGGGUCUCCCAGGUCUGAUUGGACGAGAAGGUCCGAAGGGCAUGAUGGGAGAUCAAGGUCCUAAAGGCCUCCCUCAGCACGCAGACAUCACUCACAAGGGAACCCUCGGAGACCCCGGGGCCCUUGGACAGAGUGGCCCUCCAGGAGACAUCGGACUGAUGGGAACACACGGACCUCCAGGAACCCCCGGCAGAUCAAUACCUGGACCGGCAGGUGUUCUGGGUCAGACAGGAGUACCCGGAUCCAAAGGGGACAAAGGAGAUCCAGGUCAGAUGUUUAAAGACGAAGUCUCACCUGGAGAACCUGGCAAACUAGGACAACCUGGACUCAGGGGCCUUAAAGGAGAGCCGGGUAUUCCAGGUAGUUACUGUCUUCCUGGAGUCCCAGGACAGACUGGAGACCCAGGUCUACUGGGAGCCCCGGGGGUCCAAGGAUUCCCAGGGUUUAAAGGUAGCAGUGGUGACUGUUCCUGUGGCCCCCCAGUGGUACUGAGGGGUGCCCCAGGCCCUAUGGGUAACUUGGGGUCUCCGGGGUUCCCAGGGAUCCCAGGGGUCCCAGGCCCGAGAGGAGAGAAAGGUUUACCUGGAGACAGAGGAGAGAGCGGUGAACAGGGUCCAGGUGGGUUUCCAGGUGUGAAAGGGUUUAAAGGGCAGAAGGGAGAUUUCACUGUGGUGGAUUUUAAAGGUGAGAAGGGAAACAGGGGCCAGCCAGGCCCUGCAGGUAGACAAGGAUUCUCAGGAAGAAGAGGGCCUGAUGGGCUUCCAGGGGCCCUUGGAAACCCCGGCCCCCAGGGUGACACUUUCAGCAGCUUUCCUGGAGAAAGAGGCCUCCCAGGAUUUUCAGGGCCAAAGGGGUUAUUAGGGCCUUCGGGUCCCACUGGAGCUGGUGUAGUCGGAGCAGUCGGAGAACGUGGGGCCCCUGGGGACCCUGGACCUACAGGAUUCCCUGGACUUCCGGGGCUGAAGGGCGUUAAAGGUGACACUCUGCCCUGUGCACCCCGAAACCCCGGAGCCCCAGGACAGAAAGGAGAUGCUGGAAGUCCAGGUUACACAGGCCUCCCAGGUCCUCCAGGUUUUCGGGGCAUCACGGGACCAGAUGGAACGAAAGGAGACAAAGGACAGAAUGGGUUUCCUGGACCACCUGGACGACAAGGACCUCAAGGUUCAGGUGGAGAUACGGGAGAAGAAGGACCUGAAGGCUUCAGUUAUGGUGGAGAACCAGGUUCUGCUGGACUCAGAGGACCAGCCGGUGACUCUGAUGUUGGGCCCUCAGGAGCCAUCGGCUUCCCAGGACCACAAGGCUCUCUGGGACCCAAAGGAGUCCCCGGUCCCCCUGGCAAUGACGGACAACCAGGCAUCUUGGGUCUGACCGGGGGCCGUGGAGCGAAGGGCCAGAGAGGAGAGGACGGGGCCCCAGGUGUACCCGGGCAGCCAGGACCCACACCUGAUCAGUGUGAUGUAGGAAAACCUGGUUUAAUGGGUCUCUUUGGCCUUCCAGGACCCAUCGGACCCCCAGGUUUUCCAGGGGAAAAAGGUGACAUCGGAGCUGAGGGUUCCCCUGGUAUAGGCCUCCAAGGCCCUGUUGGUAAACCGGGGUCCCCAGGCUUCCCUGGGUACCCGGGACCCCAGGGCUCUUCAGGCACCAGUGGAGACUCUGGGCUGCCGGGCCCCGAUGGUCAGAAAGGUCUGAUCGGGCCUCAGGGCCUCGAUGGACGACCAGGAGCCCCAGGACUGAACGGGGACCCUGGAGCCCCAGGGAGGACCGGGGACAGAGGGCCCAGUGGACAAGAUGGACCUCAAGGAUGUGAAGGGCCGAAAGGACAGAAAGGCUGUAAAGGGGACACGGGGCCUCCAGGACUGAUCAACUUUGUCCCCGUCAAAGGACCGACGGGACAAAAAGGACCCCCGGGACACGUUGGGUUUCCUGGACCACGAGGGAAUAAAGGUGUGCGAGGAGCGACUGGUAAACCGGGGUAUCCAGGCAUCAACGGUCCUCCAGGCAUUGCAGGACUUCCAGGACCCCCAGGACCAUGUGGCAAACCUGGACUACUUGGACCACCUGGACGCAAAGGGCCUCCAGGACUCAUUGGCUUCCCUGGACAUACUGGACAUCCAGGUGACCCGGGAUGUCCAGGGAAAAUUGGAAAACCUGGUCACCCUGGAUGUGCAGGACCCAAAGGUGACAAAGGAGACUCUACUGUGUGUCCUGGUACACCUGGAGACAGGGGGCCUCCUGGACACUGUGGGCCCUCAGGACCUCCUGGACCUCAAGGAGAUCCCGGAGUACCCGGUUUCAUCGGAGGCCCAGGACAGAAAGGAUGCAAAGGAGAUCCAGGCCUCCGUGGAAACCCAGGUGACCCAGGUGUGGUGGGUCCUCCAGGUCCCAGAGGUCAGCCCGGUCUGCCAGGUCUGCCCGGGAAGCCAGGAGCUGAUGGUCCUCCAGGACCAAAGGGCAACCCAGGACUCCAAGGUCCCCCUGGACCACUCGGACUUCACGGACUGGAUGGCCUGAAAGGAGUAAAGGGGGACAUGGGGACCAGAGGUCUGGGUGUUCCAGGUCCUCCCGGUUGCAAAGGUCUUCCAGGAGAUAAGGGUCCUCCUGGUCCUCCAGGUCCUUGUGGUACUUCCCAGCCUGGACCUCCAGGACCCAAAGGCCCCCAAGGACCUAAAGGACCUCCAGGUGGUUGUGGACCUCCAGGUAAACCUGGACUGUCCUGCAAAGCUCCAGUUCCAGGGACUUGUGGAGAUCCUGGUUGUGCUGGCCCAGAUGGAGAGCCAGGGUGUCCUGGUCCUAUGGGGGAUAAGGGUCCAAAUCCUCCAGUUUGUGGGGAUGAUGGGAACAAUGGGGAUUCAGGGUGCCUGGGGCCAAAGGGACCGCCAGGGGGUCCAGGUCUUCAAGGACCGCCAGGCACACCUGGAAACGCAGGAGUGAAAGGAGUUUCUUGGUAA